AUAAAAUUUAAAUGGCAAAACACAAAUUUUAGGAAUGUUUUUGUAACGAAAAAGACGCUUCAAACACUGUAAUAUUUAGCAGAAAGGCUAUAACUGCAUGGAAGUUGUUAAGAAGUAUUGGUUAGCUGGAAAUAUAGACGAUACUUUGAAGGAAAUCCGUCAAAUAUUGGAACGACAGGAUGGUUCAAUUCCAGACACGGACGCUUUACUUCUGUUUUCCUACAUUUUUUAUCAGUUAGGAAACAUGAAACAUUCAGCUGAAUUGUUAAGCAGAGGUAUGGCUGUUGUUUAUAUAUAGUUAUUGCUGCUAGUGGUUUCAGCUAACAAGCUAACAUAUUUCCUACUUGAUAUUUUCAGUUUUCUUUCAUCUUUCCUGGAUUUUUUCUCUACAAAUGUCCAAUUUUUAUAUAUAAACUUCAACAUUUGGAAUCUUAUUAUUUUUUUUUGGGGGGGGGACUAUAGCCCACCUAGCCUGUACCGUUCCACUGCCACAGAUAAUUUGGCUGCAGUGGCAUGUGAGAUUGAGAUAAUGUGAUUGAGUGUUUUCAGAUUGAAUUCAUUACUGUACCAAACUUGGCUGUUGGGUUUUCUUCAGGUAGCCCUGUUUUCUUUUGUAGUAACACUGGAACAAUAACGGAUGGUCUUCAACAGACCUCUAGUCUAGAGAGAACAGUUUAAGAUUAAACGUCAGCGCUUACCCCUUGACAAGUAAAAUCGUCUGGCAUUGGGCAGAGUAAAAUAAUAAAGUAGGGCGCAUCAGGACGCAAUGUGACUCAAUGGGUUUAAUAGUAGGUGCGGCAGAGUAAAAUAAUAAAGUAGGGCGCAUCAGGACGCAAUUACGACUCAGUGGGUUAAUAGAGCUACAGUACUGAGAAUAAGUUAUGCUUAUCCUAGCCAUGUAUAUUAAUUCAUAAAGUUAAUUUACCAUGAUCAUUGUGCUAAGAUGUCUCCUUUUACCAAUAGCCAGCUGGUAUUUCAAACUCUGAGUUUGCAGUAUAUACAGUUUUGAAUGUACAGGAAUUUAGCCCAUCCAACUGUCCUAUGGACGGCCACCUUUCACUUUUGACAGCCACUUUUUAAUGGAUGGUUAAGAAAAUUUUGUCACACAGCAGCAACCAGCAAGCUUUUUGAUAUUUCUUGAAUACCUGAAAAGUUGUCAGAGAAUAUAGAUUGCUGCCCCCACAAUAUUUUUUGGAUGGCCAGUUUUGAUACUUCGCGAUUCCCCUUAAUAUGCUUUUGUAGCGCUUUGCAUUGUGGUUAUAGUGGUAUCACUGAUAUUCAAGGUGGCUUUUUUUGUCCUGACCCGUGCAAGAAUUUUUUUAAAAAGCUAGGAUCAGGUGAGCGAUAGCCAACGGCAAAAUAUUCGUGAAAACAUUCGCAAAACAUUCAAUAUUUUCAUUCGAGGCCGCUAUCUUUAUCAGUGAUACCACAGUGACUAUAACCACAAUACAAAGCACUACGAAAAUGUAAUACGGGGAAUCGCAUAUUAACAAUCAAAUUGUUACUUAAAGCAUCUACCUGACAUCUCACUUUCAGUCAAAUUUGAUAUGUUUGAUGUGAAGCAAUGGAUUGUUGAGAACAGUAUACUUGUUUUAAAAUAUUUGGUAAGCAUGCUGUUUGGACUACAUAUAAAUACUUUAUUUUAUCCAGGGCCAGGUUUAGAAAAUCACCCCUGAUCAUGCAGCUUUCAAUAGCAGAGAGAAAUUAGUGAAUAUGGAGUGAUUUGUGUCUGAAUUACAUAACAAAUUUGAAAGAUUGAGCACAGAUUUUUUACAUAUUUCAUUCACUAGCAAAGGGUUGCUAUUUUGAACAAUAAGACAUUGUUUUUAACUAAGUCAUUCAGAUCUUUACAGCAGAGAUUGCCUGCAUAGCAUUACUGGGGGGGGGGGGCAACAUAGUUCACUAGAGGGUUAACAUGCAGGGGGUUUUCAAAAUUUUUUGGUGGGUCCGUUUUUUGUACAAAAGAUUGAGUUUGCCUAUAUACAGUAGCUGGGAGUCUGGGGGAAUCUGUUACUCCUAACCCCCCAGAUUCACAAUUUUAUUUAAAUAGAUCAGUUGAGUUUGCAAUGAAUUAAAGAUGGUGCAUAUCAAUGUUUUCACAUUCUUGUUCAUUUCUUGUACUGUGAAACGAAUUCCAUGCUGUCUGUUUGCGUUUCUCUUACUUUGCGGAGUUUUCCAUAGAAAACAUAUUUCCACAUCAAAUUCAACAUGAAAAACUUCAAUUUUACUGCACAUAUACUUUUCAUGACAUGAUUGAGUUUCUAAACCCAAUAGACCUAUUAGAAGUGCUUAUACGUCACGUAAUUUUCAGAUAACGAAUCACUGACCCAAAAGUAUCCCACAAUAUACUGUGAAUUCCAGAAGUCCUGUGUAUUAAAAAUUGUGUAAUCACCUCUAUAAGGUCUAUUGAAGAUUAAGUUUUAGGGAUCUAUUUAAUGUCCUUGAAAAUCCCUGAACCUGGGGGCUGGGUAUACCUUUCCUGGGUACCUUCCCUCUCUCCCAGUUUAUAAGAGGCUUUGCAGGCUAUCCACAUUGUCUGAGCCAUGAUAUUUUGUACAAAAUGUCCUUUUCUCUGCUAAUUUCGUUAUCGGUAUAACUCUAUGUAACUUGUUCCAACAGGAGAGCAAGAGUUUGGAAGAUCAGAAAACAAUUGCCUUAUCAUAUGGUUUAUUACAUGAGAAGAUAGGAGGUGUGAUAUGAACUAAGUUAAGAUAUUGGGUCGUUUAAUGACGUUCUGUCUUUUUUAAAGAAAAACGAUAAUAAUGCACUAAUUUUUCAGGCUUACCUUUUACCGAUGUGUGUCGUCUUGAACUUAAGGUCUGUUUGAACUAUGCUUUGGUUAUGUUCUGUUCAACCACCCAACAAGUGCUUGUUCCUGGUGGAUAUAAUGUGAGCCAAGCUGGCCUUCUUAAAACACUUAGUAGAGGUAUAAUGACGUUGUAAUAUUGCCCUCAUUUACACUAGAAUGGGAUGUUGUUAUUGGACGAACUUGAACAAAGAAAUGGCGGCCCAUCUGAUGAUAGACUUCAGUUCACAUUUGCCCCACACAUGAAAGUUAUACAAACAUGAAUAUGUUUUUAACUUGGUGCCAAUCGAAAGCCUAUUGUAGUAAAGUGUUGUAUGUCAGGAUUUGGGCAUCUGACUCGAUAUAACUAAUUGACCAUUUGCGUAAUAGACUAAAUUUUGAUCUAAACAAGUCUAGACAAAAAUUUCAUCACAGCUUGAAAGAGCAUCACAAAAUUAGUAAUAUUCCAAAGUUUCGUUGCGAAAUGUUGUAAAAUGCGGAAAAUAUAGCCUUGCGAAGUUUGCAAUUUUCAGUCAUUUUAGAUUACAAACGGGAAAUUGACAGCCUCGAAGGGUUUGGGGCUGUCAAUUUUAUCUAAAAUUAAGUGAAAAUAGGUUGUCCGGAAAAUUUUUUUGACCCCUAAAAUGGUACACAGACCGAAAUUUUUUUUUUCAAACCAAAAUUGCCCGACUGUUGAUCGAAUAUUGCCCCCGCCCGGUACGCCUAUGUGCUAUCAUUUAUUUAUAAGAGACCUUUGAUUGCCCUGCCAAUCGGGAUGAUUCGUAUUUUGGGGGGUGUAACACCCCCCACACCCCCCUCAAGUUUCGCCCCUGCAAAGUUAUCUAGCUAAGAAAGAAUUUUUCUGUGAUUCACAAUAUGGUUUUCGUAAACAACACUCAACCCAACAUGCUAUUCUUGAUAUUAUUAACAAAAUUCAAGAUAAUAUGGAUAGAAAAAUGUACUCCUGUGGUAUAUUUAUUGACCUAAAAAAGGCAUUUGACACGGUUAAUCAUGAUAUUCUGUUGGGUAAGCUAGAUUAUUGAGGUAUUAGAGGAGUAAUCAACAACUGGUUUUCUUAUCUUAAAAAUCGCACGCAAACUACUUCAGUUGGAAACUGUGUAUCUAACAAAGAAACUACCUUGUGUGGAGUACCCCAAGGCUCAGUUCUUGGACCUCUACUCUUUUUGAUCUACAUCAAUGAUAUUUGUGAAUCAUCUGAGAUUUUCAAAUUCUUUCUUUUUGCUGAUGAUACUAACUUAUUGUAUGCUGAUAAAGACCUAAAAAUGCUUGAAACAGUUGUCAACACUGAAUUAAAGAAAGUCUGUGAAUGGCUUGCAAUAAACAAACUCACCCUUAAUAUAAGUAAAUCAAAUUUUGUAAUUUUUCGACCAUAUCAGAAGUCAUUGAAUUUCCAGCCUAUAAUUAGAAUGUUUGAUAAUGAUACCAAACAAUAUAUACCACUUGAAUGCAAAGAAUAUGUUAAGUACCUUGGAAUUAUUAUUGACUGUAACUUGAACUGGAAGCAUCAUAUAAAUUAUAUUACAUUAAAGAUUAGCAAAACUGUAGGAAUCAUUUCUAAAUUGAGAUAUUACAUCCCAAAUCAUACCUUGUUAGAUAUUUAUAGGUCAUUGAUUUCACCAUAUUUAACAUAUGGUGUAGUUGCUUGGGGAAAUGCUGCUAAAGUUCAUAUUCAAAAACUUCUUGUUUUACAAAAGCGUGCAUUACGACUCAUGAAUUUUAAAUCAUUUCAAGAUCACGCAAUUCCUCUAUUCCUUUCUACCUACAUUCUUCCUGUAACUAUGAUCUAUGUUAAAGAAUCUGCUUACAUGCUCUUAGCCUGCUCACAGACGUUGUAGUUCUUACACCAAGCGACGAAAUACUACCGUCUGCUUACCCGAGCGCUAAACUGAAUUCCGCUACGUCGACCAAUCAGAAUUUACCUUCCAAAUUCUGGAAAGUGACGUCAGUUGAUUUAGGAGCGGAAUAAAUAUAAAUAUAUAUUUUGAAAGCAGUCGUCGGUUGAAUUUUAGUCAAAAUUGCACAUAAAUUGAAUUUAAAGAUACUGAUACUUGUCCAGGUAAUAAAAUGCACCAUUAAUGAUCAGAUUUGGAUAUUAAAGAUGUUCGGUUUAAUAUAUUUAAAACGCGGACAGGAUUGGCAUAUUUAUACUGUAUGAAUCUUAGCCAGACGGCAUCAAAUGCCGAAUAUAUUUCGCUGAAAUUUGAACGGUUUAUCUUUAUAAGACAACAGAACUCGGAAGGCAGAACAUUUUAUAUAAUACUGUGGCUUAGAAAGCGAAAUAUUAGCUUCAAAGUAAACUAAUUUGCUGUCUGAGCAACCACUUCUGAAUGUAAACUGUAAACGUACACAACACAAACCCGAGAAACUUGUAUUAAAAUUGCGCCGUGAUGAAUUUUCCAAUACGCCCAAACUUCGAAACGUUUAAUAUACUCUAACUUGGCUAUACUUUUCUACAUGACAAUGAGAGCUUAAUCUUUUAGAAGUUUUCGUCGGAGUCAUGACAUAUAGGAAGUAUCAAGAGCAACAUUUGGACAUAUCCUGGUUCCCGAUUGAUUGUUUGUCAUUGUUAUAAACAAAAAUUUAAAUUUCGCCUACUGCAUUGCUUUAGCACUUUAUAUACACCGAUUGUUUGUUGAACAUGCGAGAAGAUGAUAACAAUAUUAUUCUACGUAAACAUCGUGAAGUUCAACGCUAUAGUUUCCAAAAUAUAUCCACGCAAGUAAACAAAUUUCAAGUUUCGACCCAAACAAUAUAUUCCAAUGCAUGUGCAAGGGCUUUUCCCAGUAGCUAAUCUCUCAAUAUAUAAGGCGGCUUCCAAUUGGCUCUAAUGUUUUUGAACACUGCCAGAUGAUUGGCUCGGCUAAAACAAAGGGAAUUUAAUAUGCAGCUCGGGUAAGCAGACGGUAGUAUUUCGUCGCUUGGCGUAAGAACUACAACGUCUGUGAGCAGGCUAACAUGCUCUACGAUAUAUUAAAAGGGGAUGCGCCUGAAGCACUGCAUAAAUUAUUUACCAAAACGUCUAAUUAUCAUAACUAUGAUACAAGAAUGGUUUCAAAAGAUAACUUAUAUAUCAAUUCUUCUCGUCUGGAAUUACAAAAGCGUUCAUUUUCCAGAGUCGGUACUUUAAUUUGGAAUAGCAUUGAUCUCAAUCUUCGCUCAUCUCGUAAACAGACUUUUAAAUCUAAAAUACAUCAAGCUCUUUUAACCAUACUUCAAGAUCAAAAUGACUAUGUUGACGUACCCAUGAUAAUUGAAAUGCUGCCCAAUGUAACCGCGAUAUAAUUUUCAGCUCAUCAUAACUUUCUAAUUGCUUUCAAAAAGAAUAUAUUUGUGUCAUGAAUAAUAUUUUUCAUUUAAAAAUUAUCAUAGCCAAUCGGAAUCUAAACUCUCGUUCUGUAAAUAAUUCAUUUUACUUCUUCUCAAUAUAAAUCAGUUGUAUAUAUAAUAUUAUUUAAUUAGAUUCAUUUCCUGCUGCGAUUAGCUUGCUAUUGCAGGAUUUGAAUCUUGUAUUUUGUCAUGUGUAUUAUUCAAAUAAAGUUGUAUUGUAUUGUACUAUCAGUGGACCUAACCAGAAACAGUUGCGAAAAAUGCAACUAUCGUUCCCCUGGCCGGCCAUAGCCUAUCGAAGGGGAGAUGGCUGUGAAAGUCAUUAGAAUAACAAUACAAACUCAUCUAUAUAUAUUGGUCAACGUUUAUUCAUAAAUCUGGUCCUUCACCGUCACGUGUGUAUUGUAUGUUUACCAAAUCCACCAAUUGCAAUGUCUUAGGAAAGUCACCUAUCCGUGACUCGAACAAUAGAGAAACUGGAAAUUGCUAUUGGUGGAUUUGGUAAACAUACAAUACACACGUGACGGUGAAAGGACCAGAUUUAUGAAUAAACGUUGACUAACAUAGAUAAUGAGUUAUAUUGUUAUUCUAAUGAGUUUCACAACCAUCUCCCCUUCGAUAUGCUAUGCCCUGGCAGGAAUCAAACCUGUGGCCACUUUCGCAACUGCUUCUGGUUAGAUCUAAUAAAUGUAAAAAAACUUCUCUCGAAAUUUCCAUCUACAAAUCCCUUCAUCAACAAUUAGUUAUAUACCGAGUACAUGAGAUGCCCAAAAUUGUGAUAUUUAUCCAUACACCAUACAUUGGCAUCACCUUAGUAUUUAUACAUGAACUUGCGGUUAGGGUUCGACAAUUUUUUCUCUGUAGCUCAGUUGGUUAGAGCGCUGCACCUGAAUCGGACGAUAGUUGCAUAUUUUGCAACUGGUCCUAGGUCUAAUAAACUGUAUAAAUUUUGAUCUACCCAUCCCUUCAACAAUAAAUAGAACAAUAUUUCCUGUCGAUGGAUGAUUCUGCUACAGUAUUCCCAAAAUAUUUACCACCAUAGAUGAUUGCGCUAUUCCAGCCAGUUUGUGUGAAUAGCUUGUCUUGAAUGACGGUUAAUGCAUUGUGGAGGAUGCAUGAUCCGUCCAUAGUAUAAAUCGCACAGUUCUAUCAAAACAGAACCUUGAUAUACACUUUCUUGAAUUUUUUUAUAAAGUAGCAUGUGCAAGUCCCAAUUAUGAAUCUCGUCAGGGAAUUAGCCAAUGUAUUGAGGACAAACUGCGAUUUUACUUCAAGAAUGGGCAGGAACAAAAGCAAG